GAGGAUGAGGAUGAGAAUUUUGGAAAAUCGAUACUAAAAUAAUAAGAUCGAUGACAAGAAAAAGCAUCCGCGAAGAUGAUUAUGUUAUUCUGUUAUAAUAACUGGAGAAGAAUCGGAAAAUCAUGAAAAAUUUCUCGUUUUCUUUCUUUUAGUUUAUAAUUUUAACCGUUUUCUUUCUCACCUUCCAAGUCUUUCGCCAUCAUGAUCAUCUAAUGAUAUGAGAUUCAUACCAGAAUCAAAUUCGAAAGUGUCUUCGAUCUCCAAUACAACAUGUAUUUCGCUGAUAAAAUAGUCCAUAAUCAGAUUCCUUAUUUCGGUUGUUACGUAAUUUGGACGAUUCUUUAAACUUUUCUUUCUAUUUGUGAAUAUCAUUUCUCUAAGUUUCCAAACAGUUUCUUGUAAUCGAUCACAAUUGGAAUCAUGUUUAACUUGUUAUCCUUUUCCAUUUCAAACAUGUUAAAAUUUUCCAUUAUUUGGUCAAUUGCUUGUUUAUUGUGCCAAUUUCCUUCAUUAGCGGUCAGUCGAUGGCCAUAUGACCAGAGGUUAUCCUCUGGUCACCAUCAAAAUAAACUUCCAACAACUGAGCCCUUGAAGGUAAUCAACAUCGGAGCUGUUCUUGAGUCAAGUGAAAGUAUUGGUCAAUUUUUCCAGGCUAUUGAAGAGGUGAAUAUGGAGCCAAAUGUCCUUCCUCCGGGAAUAUCUCUUUAUGCAAUUAGUAGUCCAGCCUCGCCUAAUCCCGUUAGAAUGGUUCACGAAUUCUGUGAGAAAAUGAUCAAAUCAGAAGUUUAUGCUGUUGUUAUCGAUGAUGCUGAUUCCCCCGAAGCAGCGGUUAUAUCGCAAACUUGUGAUUUCCUCAAUAUUCCCGUUAUCGGAUUAUCCAAUCGAAAUAGUUACUUGUCAGACACUCAUAUGCAUUCUGUUUAUCUACGGACUGUUCCACCUUAUUCCCAUCAAGUCGAUGUUUGGAUCGAGAUGUUAAACACUCUUAACUAUUCACACGUUGUUUUCAUUCAUGGCGCUGAUUACGGCGGUCGAACAACUUUCAUUAGAUUCCAAGGACUGGCCGAAAAGUCUGGAAUUCAAAUAAGAUCAGUGAUUGAAUACGAAACUGGUGUGACCGAUAUUGUCGAUGAACUGGAAGAAGCCGAUGAAGAAAUUCAAUGCAGAGUUUAUCUUUUAUAUGCAAAUGAGUUGGAAGCUCAGUCAAUAUUUCUCGAGGUUCUAAGGCUCAACAUGACUUCACCGGGCUAUGUUUGGAUUGUAUCGGAAGCGGCACUUCGAGCAACAAAUGUUCCUGACGGUGUUUUAGCCCUGCAACUGUUUAAUGCCAAUAAUAGGGCAAGUCACAUCGUCGAUUCAAUUUAUAUAAUUGGUUUAGCGAUUCGUGAUAUGAUUCCAAUUGAAAAUGUCACCCGUCCACCUUCAAAAUGUGGUGAUUUAACUGCCAACUCUUGGGAAACUGGAUCUACUUUUUACAAUUACUUGAGGAAACAAUUUCUGCUCUAUGGUAAAACGGGUCGGGUUGCUUUCGAUGGUAAAGGAGAUCGUAUUGAUGCUGAAUAUGAGGUCAUCAAUAGAGUUAGAGGUCGCUCGGUGUCCAUUGGUCAAUAUGCUUUCUCUCAGUCCAAGAUGAAGAUGCAUCUUACAUUGAACAUAAACGAGAUCAUUUGGCCUGGUUAUCAAACGACUCAACCAUUGGGCUAUGUUCGUCCAUCUCACUUGCGAAUUGUUACCAUUGAGGAGGAGCCAUUCAUCUUUUUCCACCCAGUGUCUAAAGCAGAAGAGUGUGUAGGGGACACUGUUCCUUGUGGUAAAAUCGAUGUGGCCACUGGAAUGGAGCGAAUGUACUGUUGUUCGGGUUAUUGCAUCGACUUCUUGGUCGAUUUAGCGCGACGUCUCAAUUUCACUUAUACACUUUAUCAAGUUGCCGAUGGUGUUUAUGGUAACUUUGAACAUGUUAAUGGCACCGAUCAGCCGAAAGUUUGGACUGGACUUGUUGGUGAUUUGAUCUACAAAAAGGCAGAUAUGAUUGUAGCUCCAUUAACAAUAAAUCCAGAGAGAUCGCUUUAUAUUGAAUUCAGUAAGCCUUUCAAGUACCAAGGGAUAACCAUUUUGGAGAAAAAGUUACCCAAAAGAGCGGGACUGGCCUCGUUUCUACAGCCUUUCGAAGAGAGUCUUUGGUUGCUUGUUAUGCUCUCGGUUCAUGUAGUGGCCUUAGCAUUGUACCUUUUAGACCGUUUCAGUCCCUUUGGUCGGUAUAAGCUUCCCAAUUCCGAUGUAACCGAAGAAGAUGCUCUCAACCUGUCAUCGGCUAUUUGGUUUGCUUGGGGAGUCUUACUCAAUUCAGGCAUAGGCGAAGGUACACCAAGAUCAUUUUCAGGUCGAGUUCUUGGUAUGGUUUGGUGUGGAUGUGCGAUGAUUGUUAUCGCUUCGUACACUGCCAAUUUAGCAGCUUUUCUCGUCCUUGAAAGACCAACAACCUCUUUGACCGGCAUAAACGAUGCUCGCCUUCGGAAUCCAACGACCAGUUUCACUUACGCCACAGUCAAAGCGAGUAGCGUUGAAAUGUACUUCAAACGACAAGUGGAACUAAAGGAAAUGUACGAGUACAUGAUCGAUAAAAACUAUCCAACAGUCGAAGAUGGUGUUGCAGCAGUGAAAAAUGAUGAGAUUUCAGCGUUCAUUUGGGACUCGGCUCGAUUGGAAUGGGAAGCUGCGAAAGACUGUGAUUUGAUUACUGCUGCUGAACAAUUUGGUCGAUCAGGAUAUGGAAUUGGUUUGGUUAAGAAUUCAUUUUGGACUGACCAGAUGAACUCAGCGAUUCUAUCUAUGCACGAAUCAGGUUUCAUGACUGAUCUGGAUAACAAAUGGAUUCUCUCUGAAGAUAUUGAUGUUAUUUGUCUUAACCGUUAUGAUCCUGUUCCGACAACCUUAGGGCUUCGUAACAUGGCCGGUGUUUUUAUCCUUCUCGGUGCUGGUAUUUUUGGCGGAAUCGCUUUAAUUGUGAUUGAAGUGGUUUACAAGAAGCGACAAGUCGCCCAACAGAAACAAUUGGAAAAUGCAAGAUCGGCAAGCGAAAAGUGGAAAAGAUUCGUUCAGAAACGACGUUUAUAUCGAGCUAAUAUUCACGCUCUUCGUCAAGAGCAACUUCGUCAGGAACACUUGAGAUCUGAGAAAAUUUUUCCAGCCAAAUACGAAUCUGAACAACCAAACAGAGAUGAUAAAAUGAACGCCGAUAGUUCAUCUAAUAACAUGAAAAGAGUCUCAACAUCAUCACAACACACAGUCUAUCAUCAACAAGGAACAGGCCAAAAAAGAUCACAACAACGAACACAAACACUGAGCUUCGAGCCGGAUCAUCAACCGCAACACCAUCACUAUGACAAUUCACACCAUCAAGAUCAACCAUUCACCGUAGAAAGAGGGUUAACCGAGAUGAAAAUGGAAGAGAACAGAAAAAUGAGAAAAGAAGAGCCAGAAGAAGAUUGUAAAAUGAUUACCCCUCCAAGUGAAUAUCAACGAGGUUAUUAUCAAGAUCAAAGCAAAAUGAGUGGAUCAUUGAGAUCGACAACCCUUUCACCGCCCCCGCUUCCUUUGUCAACCACAGUGAAGUUCAAUCAAGCAAGUGGUCAACUGCAAUCAACUAGUAGCCCUCGAUCAUCACAUUACUCUGAUCCUCUCAUGCAACAUCUCCCACAGCAAAAACAACCUCCAUCUAGACCAUUACAUCAAAUUCAACCUCAACACUUUCAGCCCCACCAACAAGCACAUUAUCAAAAACCACCACCACCACCACCACCGCCUCCCCACCAAACACAGCACCAGUUUACAUUAUCAUCUCAUGCAGAAUCUUGUUCAUCAUCAACUUUACCCACUUCUCAUGGUUUACAUCAUCACCUGCCGCCUCAUGUUCCUCCUCAUCAAACGCACCCUCGUUCCCUCCAUCAAGGUUACACUGCCUCGGUAACUCCAUCACUCUCACGUUCUGCUCCAUCGUCCGUCGAAAUUGAAAUGGCCAAAUCAUCACUGAGAAAAGGUAAACAACCAAAGGAAACUAUUUCCUCCUCUUCAGUAAUUAGUUCCAAGAGUGGAUCAAAAAGUUCAGAAACUUCGAGAAAACGAUUCUUGAAACGUGAAUCUUCAAUGAACUAUGAAAGAGGAUCCACUCCAGAUAGUUACACUCGCGGCGGUGAUUCAAGGCGAGGGACACCUUCCCCUAAUCAAGGACAUCUAAUUAAACCUCCUCAUGCAUUAGUUUACUCAUCGCGACCUCAAGAUUUUAAUUUCAGCUACGGUUACACUAAUUAACUAAUUAUUAUUGUUCAAAUAAUGGGAUAAGAAUUCAUAUUCCAAUCAAUUGUUCAAAGAUUUAAUUUAAACAAUAAUAAAGUAAUUUUUUUCUUUGUUAA